CGGUCGGUGGAGUUAGAAAAGGAUGUGAGCGGGAGGCGGCGGCGCAGAGGGCGCGGAGCAUCCCGUCCGUGCGCCCGGCGGCGGACGGAUCGGGGCUUCGUUGCGGGGCAGGAGCCGCCGACAUGGAGGACUUCUACGAUCCGGAGCACCCGACCCCUGACACGGCUUUCACACAGAAGGAUCCCAGUGGACAUCAAAUGGCUAAUGCGUCCAGCAGCGCUGAAAUUGCAGUCACCUCUGAGGUGGAAAGGGACCACAGGUGCAUCUUUGCAAAGAAUAUGGAUGGGUCUGAAGAGGUAGAAAGGGAAGAAGAUAAUGAGGGCAAGAGCGAAAAUGUCCAGAAACCCGGCUUUCUCAAAGGCCCCGUCUUCAAAGGAGUGGCAUCGAGCCGUUUCUUACCCAAAGGCACCCGGACAAAAGUGAAUCUGGAGGAACAAGGGAGGCAGAAAGUGUCCUUCAGCUUCAGCUUUACCAAGAAGACGUUGCCAAACCGGUUUCUGGCUGCGUUGGGGAACGAGAAGUCCAGCGAAAGCCCAGGCACGUCACUUUCACCCCUUCCGAGUGACUUCACUUCUAAGCUGAAAGCAGAACUCGACGAUCCCUUGGGAACCCCCGAGGAAUUUUCUCCCCCAAAGCCGAAGGCGGAACUGGGCAAGAUUCAUUUCAAGAAACAUUUGCUAAACGUUACCACGAAACCUUUCCCAGUCUCUGCAUUGCCACCGGCCCCAGUAGCUUCACUGCCGCUUGCUGCAGCAGAAUUGGGGGAGAUGCCAUCAUCCCCUCCUCCCCCUCCUCCCCCUUUCCCCCCACCACCUCCCCCUCCUCCGCAAAUAAAACCAGCUCCCACAACAGUGCUGAUUCCAGGAGGUGCACCCCAAGUUGCAAUACCGGCCCCCGUCGCCCCUCUCUUGACAUCCCCUGUAGAAACUGUCAUCCGAACAAUAAAAGAACCAUCACUCAGCCCACCACAGCAGGCUUUGGAACUACAAAACACUGUGCUCGGGGACUCUGAAGAACAUCUGGUUCCAGGUGUUUCUGAGGAAGUCGAACCAGCAUUGGUGAAAAGGCAUUCCCACAUUGGGAAGGAAGAAGAAAUUGCAGACAUCUCCAAGGGUACCCCAAGUUCAAAGAAGCCGAGGAGGAAGUUCUCAUUGUCAGAGGGGGCGUUGCCAGGAUCUGAGUCGGAUGAAGAUUCAGUGAGGACCUCCUCAAGUCAGCGGUCCCACGAAAUCAAGGCAACAGCCAGCUCGGAGAAGGAAAAGGAUUCACGGAAAAGCUCUGUGGCUUCAAAAAUGGAAGAGCCGCCAAAGGUCUCUUCGCGGUCUAGAUCGGAAAGGGAUGACAAGUAUUCCAGCUAUUCCCGAUCGGAGAGAGAUUCGAGGUACUCCUCACGGUCCAGAUCAGAGAGGGAGAGGAGGCGAAGCCGCUCCCGUUCUAGAUCUGAAAGGGGUUCUAGAACCAGCUCGUCUUAUUCUAGAUCCGAGCGGUCCCAUUACUACGAUUCUGACCGGAGAUACCCCAGAAGCUCACCGUACAGAGAGAAGACGCGGUACUCCCGUUCUUACAUGGACAGCCGGGUGCGAGAGAGUUCCGAUUCGGAAGAAGAGUAUCGGAGGGUGCAUUCUAGAUUGUCUACAGAUUCACGGCAUGCGUCUUCUCAUUCCUCAUCUUACAGAGAUUCCAGGACCUCGUCCUCUUAUUCAAAGUCAGAGAGGGAAAGCAGCAAGACAGAUUCCACUUAUCCUGACAUGGAGAGAAGAGGAAAGCAGGCCAGGUCAGAAAGAGAAACACGAAGGAUUUCCGAAAGUGACAUAUCAAAAAGGUCCUCACCCGUCAACGAGCCGCGACAUCGGCGGGAAGCCUCCCAUUCUAAAGCAGAAGGCAGUGGGAAUUCGUCCCGAUCCAAGUCCACCUCUUCCAAGACAUCUGCGCCCAAGUCAGAUAAAUUUAAGAGUUCUUUCUGUUGUACAGAAUCUGAGGACGUCAAAGAUCAGUCUAAUUGUGUAGACUCAGAGACUUCUGGUGUAUCAGGUUGUGAAACGAAAACUGCUCUUACCCAGAAGCCAGAAAUGGAGAGGACUGUCUCUCCAGUAAGUCAGUUCAGUGACUCACUGACAUUCAGAAAGCUAGAUGAAUCAAAAAUGGGUUCUCCUCUUUCUAUGGUAAAUGAACUUGCAGGAAUCGAUAGCCAUAUCAGUAUUAAGGACACGGGAUCUUUAGAUAAAGUAAGACACGAGCAAUUAAGGACAUCUUCUCCAGUAGAACUGGAUAUAAAUGGGUCCCCAGAACGGAGGACCCGGAAGAGGUUAUCUUCUUCCUUUGAAGUAGACGAGAUCGACCUGUCUUCUGAUGAUAAUUUAGAUGAAUCUGAGCUACACCCUCGAGCCAAAAGUCCUAAGCUAUCAUCAAACGGUCUCCAAACCCUGUCUCUACCCAAAGGGUACAAUCCAGAUGAGCCUGUCAUUUUUUCUGGUGAAUCCAACGUCCAGUUGCUGGAAGUAAAAAUGGAGGUUUCAAAUCCUUCUUCAUCUGAAUGUGUAUCUUCUUUUACCAAGCAGGUCAGUCACUCUAAAACCUUGCCUAAAGAAGGGAGUGAUCCAACAGAUUCCUCUUGUAAAACCAAAGAUCCCGCCCCUUGCUACUUGCCAGAUGACACCUCUGUUUCUUUGUCUUAUUCAGAAAUUGAAAUUGAAGUGGAGCCUUCAGACACAGAAGCUGCUCAAGAACCUCCUAUGGGCAUUCACACAGAGAUCCCCACUCAAACAUUCACAUCGGUUAAUGUAGAAGAUCAAAAUCCAUCCGAGUUGGCUCAGGAAAAUGAGAAAUACGCAGGUUUCAGUUCAGCGGAGCCCACACCAGUCGGAGGUUUUACAACAGAAGAGUAUAUUGUGGAAGUAGACAAUCAGCAACAACCAACUUCUGAAAAUGUGCUCCAUCUGGAGACACCCAUCCAACAGACGGCUAAAGAAGUCUUAAAAUGCCCUGAAGUUUUCCUUGAGUUAGAUGUCCUGCCUGCAGAUUCCAUUGUCCAAAAAGCAAAAUCUCCUUUGAAAAAUGAGCAUUGUUAUUAUUUAGAGAUGCCAGUGAAGGAACCCGAGAAGGUUCCUGAGAAGGAAGAACUUGAGGAGAAAGAUGAAGUAGUCUUUGAUGAAGGGAUGACGUCCGACUUAGACAAAGCAGCUCCUGGAGUUUUGGUGAUGAAAGACAAAGAGGACUCUCUGAUGGAAUCCGCCUUUUCAGAAGUGUUGUCCCCUUCUUGUCAAAUUGUCGUCACCGUAGAGGAAACAGAAACCAUAGAAGAAGAGCCCAGAUAUGGAAGCAGCAGCAAUAGUCCAGAAAUCUCUUCCGUCCACAACGAAGAUUAUUCCGAUACGGCCGAAAGCGCGAGUGAACAUCUGAGCGACGAGAGCGAGAGCGAGGACUCUGAUUCGGAUGAUAGCAGUGUUCCCAGGAACCGCCUUCAAUCCGUGGUGGUUAUUCCAAAAAAUUCCACCCUAACUCUGGAAGAGAGCAGCUCGUGUUCUUCACGGAACAGCCAGAGUAAUCGACGUUACAUGGACCCUUGGGAAGACAGCCGGCCCGAGUCUACCAAGCCAUUCUGUGAAGAUGUGCCGGAUAGCUUGGAACUGAAUAACAACCUGUCAAAUGAAACCAGAACUUUGCCUUCUAGAGAGUCAGAGAGAAGCGUAGCAAUGUCGACAGAGCUCAAGAGAACCGAGGUGUCCGGGGGCCCUCAGCCGGAGGCCUCCCAGCCUCAGAGCGACGACGUUGACAGCACCAGCCACUCCGAGCCAGCUACCGAUUCUUUCCAUAAGCCAGAUGAGAGAAUCAUCUACAACGAGACGACCUCGGUCACUCGGUCGGUCGGUGUAUCACAAGGAGAAGAUUUGCACUACCUUUCUGGUUUUGAAAUGACCAACACAAUGGCUGGCGUUUCCAAAUUGGACCGUAGGCAGGGGAGGUCUGCUUUUGCGGGUCUUUCCCAUCCUACCGAUUUCUCGCGGGAGGAUGGCUUUCAUUCGACGGAGGACUUGGGGAGUUUGGGGUGGGAUUUCUCCCAACCAGAGAAGCCCAGCAGCACAUACCAACAGCCUGAUAGUAGCUAUGGAGUUUUCCCAGGAUAUAUUUAUCCCCCGCCCCCAGUCCCGUACGUGGGAUCUCACAGCUACUGGCCUGACAACGGCUACUGGGAUCCAAGGCUGACCAACCGACCUUCUGCCAUUAGUUACGAGCGUCUCCAAGGACAGGUCCCCGAUUCGCUCACUGAGGAUCACGAGGAGUACGAAGAAGUGGACCGAUGGGUGGACGAAUCCCAGCUCUAUUUCCCUGACCAGUCGGUGAAGUUCCAGUCACGGGACCCCAGGGAAAAGGGGUCGGUACAGGCCCACGAGAUCAGCAGCAACUCGGCUAAAGACUUCCCGAUGGCAAGAGAGAGAAAAGAGCAAGGGACUAAGGCAAUGGAAAGAAACGACAUGAAGGAACGAGGGCCAUUAAAGAAAAGGAUAACCGACUUGGGGAGCGAUUCGGAGAGCGAUGGGGGCUCCCAGGAAAGGAAGAAACUGAAAACAGAGAGCGAGCCAUUGACCAUCCUGCCCCAGGGUUCCCUGACGGAUCGUCCAUUGUGUUUUAUGGAAGACUUCCGGGACCCCCAGCGUUGGAAGGAGUAUGCCAAGGAAGGGAAAAUGCCCUGCUACUUCGACCUCAUUGAAGAAAACGUGUAUUUGACGGAAAGAAAAAAGAAUAAGUCGCACCGAGACAUCAAACGGAUGCUGUGUGAAUGUCCAACUGUUUCCAAAGAGGAACUAGCCCAGGGAGAGGCGGCGUGCGGAGAGGAUUGUCUGAACCGUCUCCUGAUGAUCGAAUGUUCCUCCAGGUGUCCCAACGGAGAGCAUUGUUCGAAUCGGCGGUUUCAGAGGAAGCAGCACGCAGACGUGGAAGUCAUCCUGACGGAGAAGAAGGGCUGGGGGCUCAGAGCAGCCAAGGACCUUCCUUCUAACACCUUUGUCCUCGAAUACUGUGGAGAAGUCUUGGAUCACAAAGAAUUUAAAACUCGAGUGAAGGAAUAUGCCCGAAGCAAGAACAUCCAUUAUUACUUCAUGGCCUUGAAAAAUGAUGAGAUAAUCGACGCCACGCAAAAAGGGAACUGCUCUCGUUUCAUGAACCACAGCUGCGAACCAAAUUGUGAGACACAGAAGUGGACUGUGAAUGGUCAGUUGAGGGUGGGUUUUUUCACCACCAAGCUAGUAACUUCCGGCUCGGAGCUAACCUUCGACUACCAGUUCCAGCGAUACGGCAAAGAAGCCCAGAAAUGUUUCUGUGGCUCCACCAAUUGUCGGGGUUACCUGGGCGGAGAGAACCGGGUCAGCAUUCGUGCUGCGGGAGGCAAAAUGAAAAAAGAGCGAUCGCGUAAAAAAGAUUCGGUGGAUGGAGAGUUAGAAGCGCUCCUAGAGAAUGGCGAAGGGCUCUCAGAUAAGAAUCAAGUCCUCAGUUUGUCCCGCCUGAUGGUGCGAAUUGAGACACCGGAACAAAAGCUCACGUGUCUCAAACUGAUCCAGAACCCCACUUCAGAUGAAGGAAGUAACGGGGAGCAAAGCAAGGCCGUCGAUCUCAAUUCGAAGAUGAAAGACCUCAGUGCCCAUGAUGCCGGGAAGAAGAUGGACACGAUAGAAGAAGGAGGAGGAAGAGGUGGGCUGGCCUGUUCCAUCAUCCCAGCCAUGUUGAAGAACAAGAAGAGGAUCAGAAAGGAGAAUAAAAGAACACCAGGGAUGAAGACAAUGACAGCAACACAGCAGGAAGGUCUCACUCACACAAUUGCACCCCAUACCAAGAUGUCAUCAGAGCCAGAGGACCCCACUUCAAAUGAAAGCAGCAGCAAAGAGACCAGAAUUGAUCUCAGUCAUACAAUGACAGCUGCCAAUACCCAGGAUGCCGAGAAGAAGGUGGAUCUGAUAGCAGCAGAAAAGGACCUGACUUGUUCCACCAUCUUGGCCAAUUUGAAGAAUAAGGAAGGGGUCAGAGAAGCCAUGAGUAGGUCACCAAGGACAGGAGACCAAAAGGAUAUCCCCCAAACAUCUAGACGCCUUACCAAGGUGCCUUCAAAGCGUAAGACCCUCAUUUCAACGGAAGGAGGCAGCAAGAAGAGAAAGAGGUCCAUCAGUCUUGAGCUGAAGAUGAAGAUCAUCAAAGCAUACCGUGCCAGGAAGAAGAGGAAGAUCAUAGCGAAAGAGAAAGGUCUGUCCUAUUCCACCAUCUUAAAAGAUAAGAAAAGGAUCCAAGGAGCCCUCAGGGUAUUACCAGGGACGAGAAAAAUUAUCACAAAAGCACGGAAACGCCUCCUAUGUCCACUCACACCCCACACCAAGACAUCUGCAAAGCCAAAGACCCCCAGUUCAGCAGAAGGGUGCAGUGAGACGUCUAGGAAAACUAUCAGUCUUGAUUUGAAGAUGAAGAUCAUCAAAGCAUACGAAGCUGGGACGAAGACGCAGAUUAUCGCUCAAGAAGAAGGUCUGGCCCGUACCACCAUUAUCACGAUUUUGAAAGAUCAGAAAAGGAUCAAAGAAGCUAUGAAAGAAUUACCAGAGACAAGAACAGUUAUCACAAAACCACAGGAGAGCCACAUCUACCCGCCCACAGCCCACACCAAUGUGUCUGCAGAUCCAAAUCCAGCCCCAUCUCCCCUCAAACCAAGAUGCCCACAAACCCAAAUCUCAACCAAUGUGUCUACAAAGCCUACCACCCCCAGUUCAGCUGCUAGAAGUGGCAAGAAGCGUAGGACAUCCAUCAAUAUUGAUCGGAAGAUGAAGAUCAUUGAAGCCUACGAAGGUGGGAAGAAAGUGACAGCUAUAGCCCGAGAAGAAGGCCUGGGACAUACCACCAUCUUCACAAUUUUGAAGGAUUCAAAAAGGAUCAAAGAAGCUUCGAAGGAAUUACCAGGCACAAGAAAAAUGAUAACGAGACGACAGAAAGCCGUCGACCACCCGGACUCGCCCCCUACCAAGGUGUCUAUAAACCCAGAGACCCCCACUUCAGCCAAAGGGAGUAUCAAGAAGCAAAGGAGGUCCUUUGAUCUCAAUUUCAAGAUGAAGAUCAUCAAAGCGAAUGAAGCCGGGAAGAAGGCGAAUCUUAUCGCCGAAGAAGAAGGCCUAUCCCGCACCACCGUCUGGACGAUUUUGAGGGAUAGAAAGAAGAUCCGAGAGCUGCUCAAAGGAUCCACAGGAAUGGACACCACCAUAACAAGGAACCGAAUGGGCCUCAUCCACCAGACGGAACAACUCCUGGUGCUUUGGAUCGAGGAUCAGAUCCGCAAGAGGGACCUGAUCAGCUUCCAUUGCAUUCAGGAGAAGACGCGUGGCAUUUUCGCCAUGCUGAAGGAGCGAGCCGGCGAGACGUGCACCAAAACCUUUGAUGCCAGCCGUGGUUGGUUUCUGCGGUUUCAGCGAAGAUUUAAUUACCGAAACAUACCCACCAAGGGGAAAACCACAGGCCUUGACCAAGAAGCUGCCCAACGGUUCCGGGACGAGCUUGAUAAUGUCUUGGCAGAAGAGGAAUAUCUUCCCGAACAGAUAUUCAGCGUGAACUCAAUCAGGUUAUCCUGGAAAAAAUUGCCAGAAGGCACCUACCUGCACCGAGAAACCCAAGCUAUGCCUGGAUAUAAAACCUUUCAUGACCGAAUGACCUUGCUGUUGGGUGGAAAUGUCGCUGGCUUCAAGCUGAAGCCAUUUCUGAUACACAAAUCGGAGGAUCCGUGUGCAUUCCAAAAGGACACCCUCCCCGUGCAUUACCAAUCUGAUCAGAAGAUUUGGAUGACUCACAUCGUCUUUGAGUACUGGUUGAUGACUUAUUUUGUACCCCAAGUCAAGGACUAUUGCUUGCAAAUGAGGAUUCCUUUUAAGAUUCUCCUGAUCUUUGGCAGCGCACCGGGACAUCCCUCGCAUCUGGACAAUCUCCAGGCAGAUGUGAAGGUUGUUUACCUGCCCAAAAACACCAGCCCUCUCCUGCAUCCGAUGGACCAGGGGGCCAUUGCGACAUUCAAGGCUUAUUAUUUACGGGAGGUCUUGACUGAAGCGGUAGCCGCGACAGAGAAGAGUAGGGUGAGCUUGAACGAGUUUUGGAGACGGUACGAUAUCCUCCAUUGCAUGGAAAAAAUUGUCACGGCAUGGCAGGGUGUUGGUGCAACAUGCAUGCAAGGCAUUUGGGAGAAGUGCUUAAAACGUUUCACGGAUCUCGUCAGAAACUUCGAAGGAUUUGACCCUGACGAAGAUUUGGAGAAAACAAACCAGAACAUUUUGACUCUCUCGCAAACCCUCGGUUUACAGGUUGAUGCUGAAGCCGUGAAAAAGUGGUUAGCGUCUAUGGAGGGAGAGCUUUCUGAUGAAGAUUUAAUUGAACUGAGGGAAAAAUUGUCAACUCAGGAGGUUGUGGAGGAAAAGGAAGAAGAAAAAAAGAAAGAAAGAAAGGUAAACAUUAAGGCAAAAAAAUUCACCAUGAGAAGACUGGCUUGUGUUUUCACGGAGGUUGACAUAAUCUUAUCAGAAUUAAAAAGCAUGGAUCCGGACAUAGAACGUUUUGAAAGGGUACGUGAGAGAAUCUACGAAAUUCUGCAGUGUUACCGUGAAAUAUACGAAAGCAAGAAGAGAAAGCAGAACGCAAACUAAAAAUUAGUGAGUCCUUUAAGAAAGUUAGUUCUUCCUUUCCUUUCCAGGGAUUGGAAUAAAACACCUAGACAAUAGUCACCCCUCAGCUAUGCCCGUGUAUCCGCAAUUUUCAAAAACACAGAAAAAAACUUUAAUUUGCCUUCAUUCAAAAAUGAUUAAUUUUGUGGUUUAUUUCUGAACAGUUUGAUCUUUGCAGGUCCUGUAACUGCAAAAAUCAGAUGUUGAACGUUUUAUUUUUAUAAAGCAACAUUAUGAUGGCCAGUUUUGUACUUGUGUAAUAAACCAACUUUUCGUA